GGAUUUACUGCAAGUAAACAAUAACAGUGUCACAUAUCUGCUAAGCUAGAGGGGCCAACUAACAUUUCUACUUUGGAGCCUAAGAGCCGAUGUUGUUGAGUACGGUGAUGAUUGUCUGUGGGUCUUCACAAGUAAUACCCUACCUUUCACUUUACACAAGUCAUUUGAUCUAUUUUUAAUAUAAAAAUAUUGAUUAGUGCAGCUCUAAAGUCUUAACACUAGAUAUUGAAACUGGUCCAACAGAAUAAACGUGCACAUGUACAUUUUUUCAGCAAAUUCCUCAACAAAUUUGCAAAUAGUUACAUUAUGUGCAACUGACAAACAGGAAUCUGAUAUUUUUGGGGCUUUGCCCAGUUGAAAUCCAGCCUUUCCAGCUGCUGCGACCCCCAAUCAUCACUACCUCUCACCCCCACUAGUGUCACUACCAAGGCCACAUCAUCCAAAGCGGAUAUUUGCUUUUACUUUUCUUGCAAAGGGGCAAGUUUUAACGUCCAAGCACAGCAAGUGUCAAUUUCCUGUUUUGAGGAGGACCAAGCACUGAAUUGCAAAAUCAUCAAAAUCCCAGGACAAUGACUCAGUAGCUUCAUAUCGGCCGACUUGGUGUGUGCCUGUGUGAUUUGGUCUCCUCCACAAGGGCAGCGCAGUCUCCCUCCGGAACGGUUUCCUCGCCUUUUUUACAUCGCGCAGUGUACCUUUAAAAGGUUGACCUCGCCGGUCUACGAUCUGUGAGCACUGGAUUGUUUUCCCACUCGGCUCAGCUGUGUGUACCUUCCAACAGUGACAUGGCAUAGAGGCGGUGUGCUGUCAGCAGCAGCAGCAGCAGCAGCAUCCUGCGCAAUGGACGCUCUCCGACAGCCGAAGCGGAGCGGAGUCCGCGCCGCGCUGGAGACGAUGAUGCCGGCUUGGAUAUUACUGAACACGAUGUCCGGACUGAAGGCGGAGGGCGCCGGAAUGGAAGAACUUGCCACCGAGAAGGAGGCGGAGGAAAGUCACCGACAGGACAGCGUUAAUUUGCUGACAUUCAUUUUACUGCUGACCUUAACGAUUCUCACCAUAUGGCUCUUCAAGCACAGACGGGUCCGUUUCCUUCACGAAACCGGACUGGCAAUGAUUUACGGUUUGCUGGUAGGUGUGAUUCUGCGUUACGGCAUCCCCGCCACCAGCUACAACAACAAAACACCACCGAGCUGCUCUCUGAAGGAAGGGCCUGUCAGCACCCUGCUGCUCAAUGUCAGCGGCAAGUUCUUUGAGUACACCCUCAAAGGAGAGAUCAACUCCCGCGAGAUUCACAAUGUGGAGCAGAAUGAUAUGCUGCGCAAAGUGACAUUUGACCCUGAAGUGUUCUUCAACAUAUUGCUGCCUCCGAUUAUUUUCCACGCUGGCUACAGUCUAAAGAAGAGACACUUCUUCAGGAACCUGGGCUCCAUCAUAACGUACGCGUUUCUCGGCACUGCUAUCUCAUGCUUUGUUAUCGGGAAUCUGAUGUACGGUGUGGUCAAACUGAUGCAAGUGGUCGGACAGCUGACCGACAAGUUCUACUACACUGACUGCCUUUUCUUUGGUGCCAUCAUCUCUGCCACAGACCCAGUGACCGUGUUGGCCAUCUUUAAUGAGCUGCACGCAGACGGGGAUCUCUACGCUCUGCUGUUUGGAGAAAGCGUUAUGAAUGACGCAGUGGCCAUUGUGCUUUCCUCGUCUAUUGUGGCUUAUCAGCCAAGUGGAGCAAACACACACAUGUUUGAUGCCUCGGCCUUUUUCAAGUCAGUGGGGGUUUUCCUGGGUAUUUUCAGUGGCUCCUUUGUGAUGGGUGCAGCCACAGGAGUGGUCACUGCUCUCGUCACCAAGUUUACCAAGCUGCACUGCUUCCCGCUGCUGGAGACGGCCCUCUUCUUCCUCAUGUCCUGGAGCACGUUCCUGCUGGCAGAGGCCUGCGGGUUCACAGGCGUCGUGGCCGUGCUCUUCUGUGGCAUCACGCAGGCUCACUAUACCUACAACAACCUCUCUGAAGAGUCCACAAAACGCACCAAGCAGCUCUUUGAGGUCCUUCAUUUCCUGGCUGAGAAUUUCAUCUUCUCCUACAUGGGCUUGGCUCUGUUCACCUUCCAGAACCACAUUUUCAGCCCCAUCUUCAUCAUCGGGGCUUUUCUCUCUAUAUUCAUUGGAAGAGCCUUCAACAUUUACCCGCUCUCCUUCCUGCUCAACCUUGGUCGAAGGCACAAGAUCAAAGGAAACUUCCAGCACAUGAUGAUGUUUGCUGGUCUGCGCGGGGCGAUGGCUUUCGCCUUAGCCAUCAGGGACACAGCCACGUACGCCCGGCAGAUGAUGUUCACCACAACGCUGCUCAUUGUCUUCUUCACUGUCUGGGUGUUUGGUGGUGGGACCACACCCAUGCUGUCUUGGCUACACAUCAGAGUUGGGAACAGCGCGGCAUUGCAGGAGCCGCGACGUCAGCUUGGAUUGUGGGAGUACGUCAGGGUCGGUGUGGAUCCAGAUCAAGACCUGCAGCCCUCUGCAGAUAGCUUCCAGGUCUUACAGGGGGAUGGCCCCCAAGGUGAGGGACAAAGUAAAACCAAACAGGAGAGUGCCUGGCUGUUCAGAAUGUGGUACACCUUUGAUCACAAUUACCUUAAACCGAUCCUGACACACAGCGGCCCGCCGCUCACCUCCACUCUGCCCAGCUACUGCGGCCCUCUGGCGAGCUGUCUGACCAGCCCCCAGGCAUACGAGAACCACGAGCAGCUGAGAGACCACGACUCUGACCUCAUUCGUAACGACGGCGACCUGACCUUCAUGUUUGGUGACACCUCCAUCACAGCCAACGGGGCGUCCGGUGGUGGGGUGGACGGUGCCGGGGGGUCAGGCUGGAGCGCCAAUGGAAAAAGGAGCGGCAGCACCUCAGAGGAGGCGCUGGAACGUGAGCUGGACUCCAGGGAGCAGGAGCUGCUGAGCCGCGGCACACGCCUGGUUUUCCCCAUCGAGGAUCACUCUGACCCUCCUUUCCUUCCGCCUGUGCUGUCAAACCUCCCUGACCUCACCCCUAGACCGCCUCGCCCUCGGCUCUCUUCUCAUCCUGCGGGCAGAGCGUCCAGUCCUUCAGAGAUAAGACAAAGUGGAGAUAUGGGAGUAGACAAGAGGGGAGGGUUCAGAGUGACUCUGAGCUCCAGGCCCGAGAGCAGAGUUCAAGGAGCAUUUCAUCCUCAUCACAGAGACGGAGUUUAUCCUCCAGGAGACAUGUGUCCUCUUGUGCAUCAGGAGACUAACUCUCCACGCUGUUAUACUGUGAUUCAGUUUUACUGAUUCUUUUUUUUUUGUUUUGUUUUGUUUCCUCUGCAUAAACAGGAUUGAAACCUUUAUGCAGGAUAUGGGGACAAGAUGCGAGACUCAAUCUGCACUGCUGAAACUGUGACACUUUGUGUGUUCAGCUGGCGUGGAAAAGUAGUAGAAAAAUGAAAUAUUGCCCAGCAGCACUCUCUCAUCAUGUCAUCUGACCAGUUUUCUGUCUUCACAGUACAUUAGUUAGCACUGAGAUGAUGCUAAGUGACUUCUUUGCCAUCACACCCCAUCUAGAUGCUAAAACAAGUCCAAACAAAACAAAUGUUAAUGGUUUAUAGAUUAAACAUGGCUUCUCUGGUUAAUUUGUACUAUUCAUCUGUUCAGUUUGUCAGUGAAGCUUUCUGCAGUUUCACACAAAAGCAUCUGUGUGGAGGAGAUUCUGGCAUGUGAGUAGCACAGAGAGGGACAGCGAACGUUUUGCUCUCUCCACCACCACCACAGCUCGUCAUGGGUGAAGUAACAGGGGUGAAGAAUACGAGCAUGUAAAUAGCUACAAUGCUGAGCUUUGUUUCUCCUCAGAGCGACCGCUCCUUUCAGUGCAUUACAUCCCAUGACUGUUACAAAUAGCAUCUGUGUAUCUUGUCUUUGAGCUGGCCUGGAUCAUUAUCUGUGUUAAGGGCUGGCUUUCACAACAAUAAUAUGAACAAGCAACAGAAGUGUUUUGAUGCUAAUUACAUUGUUUCUCCUGAGAUGAUGAUUUCCCAAAACUUAAAAUAUCAUCAUGAAUUAUAAAGUCUUAAAUAGUUAAAAAGGAAUUUUAACACUGUCAAAUAAAAGGCAGGCCUUAUAAUAUAAUAAUUCUGAUUACUUUGCACUAUUGCUACAUUGUUUGCAGAUUGAAAAAUGUUUAAAAUUAUAAAAUGCAAUGACAUGUUUGCACAGGUUAGAUUUUUGAGUCUUCAUUAGAGCAGUACAGCAAAGUUUGAGGAUGGAAUAGUUCUUCAAACACCACAAGAUUUCAUCUGACAACCUCACAGUGCUUAGACAUUUUAAAGUAGAAAAAAAGGAGAAGGUCUGAAUACCAAACGCUUACCACCCAGGAUUAGUGCUUACACAUACCCUGACAAAGCAGAACUCACCUUUUACCUGCAUCAGCAUCGUGUAUAUUCUUAAACUGUGGUGUCUCUGGACUGUUUACCCUAUAUACUCACAUCAAAUGCUUGUUGAACUUGUUAGCACUUUAACUGAACUAUGAAGUGAGUUGGUCUCAUAAAUCACUAAUAUCAAGUAUUUUAAUGGAAGAUUUUGUAAAACUAGCGUCUCGCCUGUUGGUCUUAAACCUUAGUUCCUGGGUUAACUGCAAUAUAUAUUAACACACAUAAGUUUCUAAUUUGUGUUGUCCUGUUCUUGUUCGGAGACAAUUUCUUAACACACAUUUCCAUUUUGCGGGGAAAAAAAAAAUCCAAUCAGAAGACUGAUUUUCGUAGAACAUGAUGCAAUGAUUUUGAACAUCAUUUGGAUGAGAUGAUCUAAAAGUAAUAGUUUGACAUUUUGGGAAGUGCGCUUCUUCACUUAGUUAGAUAAAAAUCAAUGCCACUCUUAUAUCUUUCCUUUAAAUGUGAAGCUACAGCCAGCAGCCAGUUAGCUUAGUUUAGCACAAAGAAAAACAGGGGGAAACAGCUAGCCUAGCGCUGUCUGAUGGUAACAAAUCUGCCUGCCAGUACCUAUAAAGCUCACCAACUAGCACAUUAUAUCUUGUUUGUUUAAUCUGCACAAAAACUGCAGAGUAAAAAUGGCAAUUUACAGUUUUACAUGUCGAGUCAUGUGCUGAAUUAUUUUGAAUUAGGCUACUAUUAGGCAGAUUUUGCUUUUUUUUUGAUUUUGGACACCUUUGGCUAGCUGUUAUCCCCCAUUUCCAGCUAAGCUAAGCUAACUGGCUGCUGGCUGUAGCUUCAUUUAACUCACUGCCAAAAAAUGUAAAAGUGAAGUUGCUUAUUAGUUCUCUGGAAGUCACUGCACAUAAAUAAUAGUAAUGCAGAAACUUCCCUAAGCAUUGAUUUUAAGUAACCUGAAUUCCCUUAUUUCCUGAAAUUGGACUAACAUUGGCUGAUAAUAAAUAGGAACACAUGUUGUUCCCUUUAAUCAAUCAAUCAAUCAAGUUUAUUUGUCACAUGUAAUCAUAUAAGGUACAAUCACAGUGAAAUGUAAUCCUAUCACUGUGAUUGUACCUUUAGUGGGCUGAUGGCAUCCUGCAUUGUUACAGAAAAUGAUGUGAACCUCCUGCUGUUAUGGUUUCUCUUUUGGUACCAAAUGAAUGCAUGUCGUCCCAACUGUGGAUAGAUUCAUGUGUUCAGCAGGUGGAUAACAUCAAAUACAGCAUACAGUACAUGACAUCAUUUCACCUGUGGCCCAGUUACCAUCUACACAGAACAGUUUAACUGGUAAGAGGCUCAACUCCAGCAUGCAAAUCCUUCAUAACUGAUUCUGAGCUUCUGAAUUUCGCUUGCCAAGCAAAUCUCUGUUGGCUGCCAUUUAUCCACAGUAGAACACUGAGCCCUAUUGUUUUUUUUCUACAUGGUGAUUUGUCUCACUCCACAUAAACUAUAGAAAUGUUUCAUUAUUUAUAAUGCAUCAGUUACUCGUUGACCUUCUAAUUACAUAUCCUCACUGUUUGUAGUGCACUCUUUGGAAUUUCCUCCCACGCAGCAUGAUUAUGAGGGGAAAUAUUUGGUCAUUUGCCUUCAAGAUGUUACGUUUAGCUCUUUUCCUACAAAUGUAAAUACUAGCACAUUAUCUGGCACAUUAUAUACAUGUAUCCAGGCCCUUUAGGCUGGAGGAGCCUCUGAUUGAACCAACAUAGUUGUUCUGGGAGUAGGAAGAUGUUACUCUGUUGCUUCUUUUUUGUGUUCCCUUUACCACGUCUAGACAUCUGAGCCUCUCCCCAUUUUGAAUUCACCAUGCAGCACGUGUCGCCUUUGUUUUCUCCUUCGACUGCACACGGUGGCUCCUGCAUUUAUGUAUGAGUACACAAGGGCAGGUGUGAAAGGCAUGAUUGUGUAAGUUGAAUCUGAGGCUUUCGCACAAGGGAGAAGGCACGCACAAAUUUUAUGAUGCACUGAGGACUUCCAAGAGGAAAUGAAUCUAGUUAUGUAAGCUGUUGCCAAGCAGGAUGGACUGUGGGUCAUUUAAACUCUAGCUGGAGUGAGAAGUAAUGUGAAGCAUAGCACUGUGCUCUCUGACGAACAUCUCUGCAGUCUGAUGAUAGGGAAGUUUGUCUGUAUCAAGGGCAUUAAAAUAAUCACAUUCAUUUUGUCUCAACAAGCCAUUAUUGUUAGAUUCUGUGAUCGUUAAUCUCUCUUCUGUUAUAUGGAAAGGUCACACAGCCUGAAGAUUUGCAUUCUUCAUACCAUAUGAUCAUGGUAUGAAUGUGAAAACUGACUGUUGAUCAUAUCUGUAGUGGAUUUCUGUAUGAUUCCGGCUGUACUUACUAACAAAAGUGCAUAAAAAGGCAACAUAGCUCCUGUAUGUUAACACACUGAGUUCAAACUGACUUUGAGUUUUUCUUUGAGAUGUUGGAGAACUUUAUGGACUUCAUGUAAAACUUAAAUGUUGGCGAAGACAUUAGCAGAGUUUGGCACUUUACCUCGAGCAGAGGACACUCGCGGGACUCUUAUAUAACCUUCAUGCGCACUCAUCUCUCUCCAGACUGUUGUGCUGUCAGUUGUCUUGCUGGCUAUAUUUACUUGCUCUCUGUACCUGAGAAAUAUGAGAUGUAGCUCAGUUGUCAAUAUGUGCACCUGUUGUUUCUAGUAGCAACUGGCUGCCUGGUUCUACCUGCCAUGGUUUGCAUGUCAACAUGUUAAUAAAAAUUGUUAAACUA